AUGUCGGACACCGAGGAAGUGGACCAGUACGAGGACGAGGAGGAAGCCCAGGAGGAGGUAGUAGAGGUAGAAGUAGCCCCUGAGGCGGAUGCCCAGGUAGAAGCAGAGCCAGAGUCAGAGCCUGAACCAGAACCAGAACCCGAACCAGAGCCCGAGCCACAGGAGGUGGUGCAAGAGGAGGAAGAGGAGGGCGAUCAAGAUGAGGAGAAGCCAAAGUUCAAACCUUCUGCUCCGAAGAUCCCCGAUGGCGAGAAAGUGGACUUUGAUGACAUGCAGAAGAAACGCCAAAACAAGGAUCUGAUCGAGCUGCAGUCGCUGAUCGACGCUCACUUCGAGCACAGGAAGAAAGAAGAAGAAGAACUCAUUGGUCUCAAAGAUCGAAUUGAGAAGCGUCGAGCUGAGAGAUCCGAGCAGCAGAGGAUUCGUAGUGACCGAGACAAAGAGCGACAGGCCAGACGGGAGGCUGAGCGGCAGAGGAAGGAGGAUGCCGACGCCCAGAGGAAGGCUGAGGAUGACGCUAAGAAGAAGACCGCACUGAGCAACAUGGGGUCGGGCUACAGCAGCCACCUGCAGAAGAUUGACCAGAAGAGAGGAAAGAAGCAGACCGAGAGAGAGAAGAAGAAGAAGAUUAUGUCAGAAAGAUGCAAACCCCUGAGCGUCGCAGACCUCAACGAGGACAAGCUGAGGGAAAAGGCGAAGGAGCUGUGGGAGUGGCUUCACAGCCUGGAGGCCAUUAAGUACGACCACUGUGAGAAGCUGAAGAGACAGAGAUACGAGGUCAUUUCUCUCAGAAACCGUAUCGACGAGCUGCAAAAACACAGCAAGAAGGGCGCCGCCUCGCGCCGCAGGAAGUGA